AUGGUAUUAAACGACACCGACGACGUGGGCUCCUCCACAACCACACGUAUCUCCUCAUCCGCUAAUGACGCCCCCACAGCCUCCUCAUUCGCCAUCAAGGCUGGCUUGGCCCAGAUGCUGAAGGGCGGCGUUAUCAUGGACGUUGUUAACGCCGAGCAGGCCCGCAUCGCCGAAGAGGCGGGCGCCUGCGCGGUCAUGGCCCUCGAGCGGGUGCCCGCCGACAUUCGCAAGGACGGCGGCGUUGCCCGAAUGUCGGAUCCGGAAUUGAUCAAAGAAAUCCAAGCGGCGGUCACUAUCCCAGUCAUGGCCAAGGCGCGCAUCGGCCACUUUGUUGAGUGCCAAAUCCUUGAGGCUCUAGGCAUAGACUACAUCGACGAGAGCGAGGUCUUGACCCCAGCAGACGACAACUUCCACGUAGAAAAAAUCGACUUCAGGGUCCCCUUCGUGUGUGGGUGUCGAAAUCUCGGAGAAGCCCUGCGACGCAUCGCCGAGGGCGCCGCCAUGAUCCGCACAAAGGGCGAAGCCGGUACGGGAGAUGUGGUCGAGGCGGUUAAGCACAUGCGGACAGUCAAGAGAGAGAUUGCUCGAGCGCAGACCGCGCUGGCCGACGGUGACGCUGCUCUCCGCGCGUACGCAAAGGAGAUCGGCGCCGAAGCUGAGCUGCUUAAACAGACAGCGCAACUCGGCCGGCUGCCCGUGGUCAACUUUGCCGCUGGCGGCAUCGCCACGCCCGCCGACGCAGCCCUGAUGAUGCAACUGGGCUGCGACGGUGUCUUUGUCGGCAGCGGCAUCUUCAAGUCGGGCAACGCAGCCAAGCGGGCCAAAGCCAUCGUGCAGGCGACAGCGCACUUCCGUGAUGCCAACGUGUUAGCCAAGUGCAGUGAGGGUCUCGGCGAGGCUAUGGUGGGCAUCAACUGUAGCUCCAUGGAAGAAGGGGAGAAGAUGGCCGGCCGAGGCUGGUAA